AUGAAAACGCUUCAGGGCCGAGUCGUCUGCGCCACCAACGACAAGACUGUGGCGGUUGAGGUGGUACGACUUGCUCCGUACCCAAAGUACAAGCGACGGGUCAGGAAGAAGAAGAAGUUCCAAGCUCACGACCCAUAUGUCCAGCUUGAGAAGAGUAGACCCAUUAGCAAAACCAAGACUUUUAUUGCUAUUCCGAUCGCUGCAAGGAAUGUGCCCAAGCCGAAGGAGGUCCCGCCGCCGGAGCUUGGGCUUCCAUUAGAGUCUCAGCAAACCUAA